AUGUCGAUUCACUUUAUUGAAAUUUACCGCGAAACUGUUCUUAUAUCACGUUACGUGCUGUUAAGUUUACCUAGUAACCUAAAAUUAAUGAAAGUGAUGUGGAACGUUUGGAGAAUCGGAAAAUUUGUGUGAACUGACCCUCUUCGCCGUUCAGUUGCAACUGUAGUUCUAACUUCAAGUUUCGAGCUGGCAUGUGUGUCAUCAGCUGCACAACCGGAUUCGAUGUAUAAACAACUCCGGAGUGAGAUAGUACAUCCCUAACAUUAGUAAAGCCACAAAGGGACCUAUUAAAUAAAUCCGUCUGUAAAAGGAACAACAAGGCACAUGGCGGAAACAUCUUGCAAUAACAGGGAUAUAAACUCAAAGAGAGAGGAUUAUUUGGAGUGGAAUGAAUACUUUAUGGCCACUGCUUUUCUUGCUGCGAAACGUAGUAAGGAUCCUUGUUCCCAAGUUGGUGCAUGUAUAGUAAAUAAGGAAAAGAAAAUAGUGGGUAUUGGAUACAAUGGAAUGCCAUCUGGUUGCAGUGAUGAUCAAUACCCGUGGAAUAAAACAAGUUCUAAUAAACUGGAAACAAAAUAUUUUUAUGUUUGUCAUGCCGAAAUGAAUGCAAUAUUGAACAAAAAUUCAGCAGAUGUGAAAGACUGUUCUAUGUAUGUUGCUCUGUUCCCAUGCAAUGAAUGUGCAAAGAUAAUAAUUCAGUCUGGCAUUCGAGAAGUCAUUUAUAUGUCUGACAAGAAUUCCCAUAAACUGGAAACAAUUGCUUCCAAACGAAUGUUUGACUCUUCUGGUGUCAAGUACUGGCAGUAUGUUCCAAAGCGCAAACAUAUUGUUAUAGAUUUCACAGAAAUCAACUGGAAUGAAAUGACACAGUGUCCGCCAUCUCCACACAAAGAUGCUGAAUUGCACGAAGAGAUAAAACUUGACCAAAUGGUCUUGACACAGAAUCAUCUAUGAUAUGAUUCCAGAUGUAAUGUGUGUGUGUGUGUGUGUGUGUGUGUGUGUGUGUGUGUGUGUGUGUGUGUGUGUGUGUGUGUUCACCAGUAACAAAAUCUGUGAUUUACAUGUAUAAGUGAUGAAUAAAUAUUUUUAUUUUACAAA